AUGCCACGACAAAGAGGCCUGUCAAACGCCUCGUCGGCCUCCUCGGCUCCAGAUCAGGUACCAGAGCCCCCUCCGAUGCCCCAAGUCCAUUCUAACCGCCCACAGGAGUUGGGGAGUAUGUACGACUAUCUAGCGAAGAUCAUCCUCCUCGGACCCAGCGGUGCCGGAAAGUCGUGUGUACUACACCGAUUCGUCAAGGAAGAAUGUACGACCAAAAAGCCCCCUCCGGACAACCCGACGUCACAACGGCGCGUCCUCUCCUCCCAAACCAUCGGCGUUGAAUUCGCCUCCCGAAUCGUAAAACUCGGCACCGGCCCCCGCAGACGUCGCAUCAAGCUCCAACUCUGGGACACCGCAGGAACAGAGCGCUUCCGCUCCGUCUCACGCUCCUACUACCGCGGCGCCGCCGGCGCAAUUCUAAUCUACGACCUCGCCUCCCACGCCUCCUUCACCUCCCUCCCAACCUUCCUAAUGGACGCUCGAGCCCUCGCCUCCCCAAACCUCUCCGUAAUCCUCGCCGGCAACAAACUCGAUCUCGCCGACGAAGACAGGCCCCCGCCAACCCCCUCCAGCGUCUCCAGCCGCGUCUCUUCCAUCCCCUGGGAAAGCGGAAGUAUGCGAUCGAGCUCGAGUCCGGGGACAAGACUCACUGCUACGAGGGCCGAUCGCGAAGUCAGUGCGCAGGAAACAGAGCUUUGGGCUGCUAAGUGUAAUAUUCCUGUUGCGGUGGAGGUUAGUGCGUUGACGGGGGAUGGGGUUGAGGAAGUUUUUACGAGGCUUGCUAGGAUUAUUCUUACGAAGAUUGAGUUGGGUGAGAUUGAUCCUGAUGAUCCUUCUAGUGGGAUU